AUGAUCAAGAUUGCCCUGGUGCUGGCCUUGGCCGCCUGCUGCGUGAGCGCCGCCCCCAAGGCCGGCCUCGCCCCCCUGGCCUACUCCGCCCCCGUGGCCUACGCCGCCCCCGCGCCAGCCGUCGUGACGGCGCACAGCUCGCAGUACAUCGCGCAGAACUUCAACGGACUCGCCGUGGCCGCCGCCGCCCCCGUCGUCUGUGAACUGCAUUUUCAGGAGCAAGAUGUGAAACAAGAAACCACUACGCAUGAUAGCAAAAUGGGAACGCUGUUUACAGCACCUCUGCCGAAGCCUAGAUUGAGUGAAGCGUCCGUUGAUCAACAGGAGCGACAGCUGCCUGAAUUGCAGUCACCCAUGCCAGCCUGUGUUGAGCAAGCUUUGGCGCGGGUACGGCAGCAGACGUCGGUAGCUAGCAAACGCGGCCCUAAUAGACACGUCCGCCCACGCAGGAUGAGCCUCGCAGCAGCACGGGAUCCUGCCGCAGCACCCCCAACCGCCCCAGUUGCGCUCGCCGCCCCCGCCACCCCGCUCUGGCGCCCAUGGUUGAUGCUAACUCUGCCUCCAGCGCAGCAACAGCCAUUGGACCGAGCUGUCUCGCCUUAG